AUGAAUCUCUCCGAAGCCGAGGGAGAAAAUAUGCUGACCAUUGCAAGUGCAGAGAUGAAGAACCACUACGGACCAUACCCUCCCUCAAAUCUUAUGGAUGGAGAUCUAAACAAUUUUGCACACACAUUAGAAGCUGAAGACGGUAUGUGGAUGCGCGUUAAUCUGGAGACACAGUCUUCUGUUACUAAAGUGAUCAUCUACAACAGACAGAAUUGCUGUCAAGAAAGGAUAGUUGGAGCUUCAGUUUUCAUAAAAACAGGAAAUGAGCAAGUUACUGAUUGUGGUAAGAUUAGCAGUGAGGAAAGUACCUACACUUUCGACUGUGAAGGAGACGGAAAUAUUGUUGAGAUAAGUCAGGAGGGAACGGUAGGAGACUGGAACAUUGCUGAGAUUGAAGUAUAUGGCACCCCGGCAAAAAUUCCUUCUCCAGGUUUGGAUCUAUAG